GUGAUCCCUAACGUGUACACAAAUCUGAUUUCAGGAAUCUCUUGUUGAAGAAUCUACCAUGCCCUUGGACUGGUUCGCGACGUCUGGGGCUCGGAAGCUGCGCGACAGCAGUGCACUCAACUACCGGGAGUAUCUGCGCCGAAGUGAAAGCUGCGUGUCACCGCAGGUUGAGGACGAUCUGCGCCAGAUCGAGCUGGAUCUGCCGCGCACGGGCGCGUCCAUACGCCUCUUCCUGUUGGCUCAAUACGAACGGGAGGCGUACCAGGAGGACGAGGAACUGCCGCAGCAUGUAAUGCAGCGGUUUAUACCCCAUAUAAAGAACAUUCUGGUGGCAUACAGCGUGGUACGCGGGCUAAAGUAGAUUUAUAGUAGGAGAGAUCGAGCCUCAUAUUGUUAUUUUGCAGAGAAACCCUCGAGUCGGCUACGUCCAGGGCCAUGCAGAUGUCCUGUGUUUCCUCUUUGGGAAUGUAAAUGAGAAAAGGGACGAGGAGGAGACGUUUUGGGUCUACGCCAGUGUCAUUGAGAGGUGUGAAUUGCAAUUGACGAGCCUCGUGGUGAGCUCUUCACUGACUUUGGGAUGACUUUACCAUGGCAGAGUUUUUCCAGAGGACUUUUUUGCAAGGGCACCGAAGCUACACGGGUUUCAAGUGGACUGCAAACUGUAUCAUGAGCUGGUUGUGAGGAAACUCGUGCCAUUUUAUCCCAUUUUAGCCAAGGUGGGGUCUCUACUCAUUCCUUAUUUGUGAUGGUGGUAUCUAAAGGUACAGUUUGGUUUGUGUCAUUAGGUUGAUCUGCCUCUUGUGACGACGCUGUUGUCUUGCAAAUGGUUCGUCUCGCUCUGGGUUGGAGAACUGACUUUGCCGUUACUUUACGAAGUCUGGGACACGAUGCUUCGGGAAAAUGACGGCACGAUGCUGCAUCUCCUGAUUGCACUACAUUUCUUUAGACUUGCUGUGGACGAAAUUCAGCUCCACAUGGAAACGGAGCAGUGGGACUCGAGCUACAUCUACAAGAUCAUAUUAGACCAGUGUCAAAGCGCUACUGAAAUCGCCCCACAGACACUACUUCAACAAGCACGCACACUGUAUGGUCUCAAGGACGAAUCUGUCGAGGACAUGCGAGCAGCCCUUCGACGACUGCCUCAAUUACGCAAGGCUGAAUUCACAGUUCUAGCCAAGCAAACGCAUUUCAGCCGCUUGGAAAUGGAGCGACUUCAAGACGAGUUUACUUUUCUUCGCUACCAAAGGAAAACGUGUGGUCGCUCCAAGCUUCGUGGGCUGAGGCAAGAAGAGCUGGAAAGUGUACUGGCUCGGGAAUUCAACACGGUAAACGCCCAACCAGAAAUGAGGUACUAUCGUCGCCUUUUUGAGUACCUACCUAACGCUCGUAUCUUGAUUCUCUUCUAUCAGUGGCCUAUGGAUAUCUAUGGACAAAUUUACAACUUUCUAAGACCCGACGGAUACGGAAAUAUUUCCUAUUUCAACUUGAUUCAGUUUUUAUCGGUUGCGAGUCGUGGAGGGCCAGAGGAAAAGGCACAUCUAUUGUUCCAGAUCCCUAAUCAACAGAGUCGCGAAUACCUUAAUCAGCAAGGCAUCGAACAACUUGCAGAUUUACUAUGCUGUCUACUGACGAAUCGGAUGUUGGCGGAUGCGGAAGGGCAUCGAAUGCACGAAUCUCGUCGACGUGAGAAUGGCGAGUCGGUCUCCGAUGCUGCCAAAAGCCCACUGCUACGACGGCACUUUCGAACCAAAUUACUGUCGCUGACUACAUCAGAUGGCCGGCUUCAGUAUGCUAAAUGGCUCGAGUUUACUCUUUUGGACAGCGAGAUAACUCAGUUGAUGGAGUGGUCCAGGCGUCGAUCGGGCGGCUUAAAAUCACGCUCUGUGAGCUUCUGGGGUAUGACUCCGAUUCAACCAGCCCUGAAUAGGGCGUCCUCAGACUCGACACUACAACAACAGCAACAACAUUCUUCAAAAAAGUUCUUGAAAUCCAACACUGAAGACAAACCCGAGCGUAUGUCUGGAAUCGGGGAGCCCAACAACUUCGGAAUCGAGUCUGCACCAUUUCUGAAGAAACCAGAAUUGGCGGGGGAGAGUCUUACAGAAAGACGACAUGUUUCUCUUCUCUCGAGAAAGAUGAAAAAGAAGUUUAAGGCUUGUUGGCCACCUGAAGACGCUGAUUCAUUGAUCCGUGACCCAUUUAAAGAGCCUCCUGAGACUAUCAGCUCCGGAAGUCCGUACGUGUUUUGGUGCCAAUGCACAAUAAGUUGAAGAAUGAACGGUGCAACCUCGAUAACUACAGUGCAUACCUAGCUAGAUAUUUUUCAGUCGCUAGCAAACGUGGUCAGUGAUAUGAUGUAGUCGACGUAGGCGGCCACAUUGUCAUUGAUACUCUUGCCCUGGUUGUUUGAAACAAAUCAAACUCGUGAGAUCACCCACACUAACCGAAAGCACAUUGAUCGUUUUACCUGCACGGUCCUGAAAGAAUAUUCGGUCUCUUCGCUGCCGCGCACAACGUUGAAGACGAAUGAGUUGGCACUGUAACCCCAGUUCGCGAUAUCCGCGUAAGGAUAAAGUGCUAAAACUUCGUCGCUGGCGCCUAGGAUACUGACACCCACGUCGUUGAUAGCAAGAACGACACGAGCUGGC